GGAAGUAAAUGGGCAAUUGAGGAAUUGGGAGAAUUGGAGGAUUGCUAUGUGCCUUUCAGUUUUAUCUUCGUCGUCCAUGAUGAGAUCAAUGAGAAGGGGUUUCUUCUGCAGCAGCGCUACGCUCAGGUGGGAAGGUGGGGUUUCCAUGGUGCAGGGCGCUUCAAGGGGAAUCGGCCUUGAAUUCGUUAGGCAACUAUUGGAAAAGAAUGAUAAAGGACAUGUCAUUGCAACCUGUCGGAAUCCUGAUGGAGCAACAGGCCUUCUUGACUUGAAAAAGAAAUUUAUGGAACGUCUUAAUUUAUUGCAAUUGGAUGUAACAAAGGAAAGCACCAUAGAGGCAGCAGCAACCUCUGUAAGAGAAAGCUAUGGCAGUCUGAACCUGCUGAUUAAUGCGUCUGGCAUUCUUUCAAUACCAGAUGUACUACAACCAGAAACAACAUUAACUAAAGUAGAAAAGUCAUCUCUGCUUCUUGCAUAUGAAGUUAAUGCUAUUGGUCCUAUUUUAGUGAUCAAGCACAUGUGGCCACUGUUGAAGGUUGGAGGUGGCUCUGGAACUGAAAGAAAACAUGCUGUUGUUGCAAGUUUAAGUGCUAGAGUGGGCUCAAUUGGAGAUAAUGGAUUGGGAGGAUGGCAUUCUUAUCGAGCUUCUAAAACAGCAUUAAAUCAAUUGACAAAGACUAUAUCAGUGGAAUUUGCUCGGAAGAAAGAUCCAAUCGUUUGCAUCCUGUUGCAUCCAGGAACCGUGGACACAGACCUUUCCCGGCCAUUCCAAAGAAAUGUCCCAAAGGGUAAACUCUUCACAAAAGAGUUCUCCAUCCAAAAUCUACUGAGCAUCAUAGACAAUGCUAAAAGCAGCGACAACGGGAAGUUUUUCGCAUGGGAUGGUCAGGAGAUUCCCUGGUAGAUUGGUCCCCGUUGUAAUUAAUGAUCUCAGUCUCCCUCUAACGAACUUGACAUAUAUCCUUUUUUCUCAAUGAUCAAUUGUUGUAUUCAAUCUUCCAAGUGUUGCUUACAACUUGUUUCUGUUAGCCGAUGACAAGAAAUCAAUAACUGACUGAUUGUGUUCUUGAUCA